UGCCCUAAUUUUCAGUGGGUUGAACACGGCAACACUGUUUUGCGAUUAGUUUGUUGGAUACACGUCACGCGAAAAAUAAUUCGUGGCUGUUUUGGAGAGUGGUUAUGUUAAUCUUCAUUCAUUGGCAGAAUAUUUUAAUUUCAGUCUGUUACACAUAAAGGAACCAUGUUCAGGAAAAUAGGAAUUUUCUUCGCCGUAUUUGCUGUGGGGCUCUGCCUUGAUGACAAGGCAGGAGAUAUUCAAGGGGCCAGACUACUGGUUUCCAAGCAGAUUUUGAACAAAUACUUGGUACAGGGCAAAGAUAUUGAAGUGCGAUAUGCCAUACACAAUAUUGGAAAGGCCCCAGCAGUCAAUGUUCAACUAACUGAUGUCGGCUUCAAUUCUGAAGCAUUCGAAAUUGUUGGGGGACAUCUUUCUACUAAGUUUGCCAGAAUUCCACCAGAAUCCAACUUUACCCACGUGGUUGUUGUGCGACCAAACAGAUUUGGAUUUUUCAAUUUCACCAGCUCACAAAUCAGCUACAAACUUUCUGAUGCUCCAGAUGCUAAGACCCAAGUUUCCUACAGCAGUGAACCAGGUGAAGGAGGAAUCGUUGCUUUCCGGGACUUUGACAAAAAGUUCUCAGCCCACUAUUGGGACUGGUUGGCAUUUGCUGUUAUGACUUUGCCGUCUUUGGCCAUUCCCGUAAUGCUUUGGUACAACAGCAAGAGCGCUUACGAGAAGCUGAAUAAACCUAGCAAGAAACACUAAAACUCAUCAAGAGAUCAUUAAUUUAUUUUGGAUGUGUUAAAUGAAGAGUGCCUGAUUAUCUAAGUAAGAACAGCAUCAGGAAAAUACAGAAUUGCAUCUGCCGAUAUUGAGUAGCUACUUUUAUUUAUAACUUGUUACUGAUUUUGUUUUUCUUGGCUACGUUCUAAGGCGAUUUUUCGUGUAGCCAAAGCUCAAGUCUAAUAAGUCAACUUGAAUUAAUAACAUGGCUAGUUAUACCUUUCACAAGUUUUUGUUAAGUAGUUUUUCUAUGUUUGUAUUCCAAACGUAUUUUCAGUGAACAAUAAAUCGUUUUUUUCUA